UUUACAUUAUUAAUUGUUUAUAUCCCAAGCAAAAAAGAAAAAUAUUAAUCUAUUUCUUUAUAAGUGCAAACAAUUAAGAAAUUAUAACAGAAAAAUGGAUUUUAAUAUAAAUUUAUCAACUUUACAACAACAAUGCCGUAUUUGUUUACAAAAUGGCCAUGUAAAUAUAUGGAAUUGUAAAGUUUCUUUAACAGAGGAAGAAAAUUCCUUGAAUAUGGAGGAUUCCGUGGAAAAAACCUUUUUGGAACUAAUGGACAUAUUUUACAAUAGUCAAGAUUUAUUAAAUUUAACCGAUGAAUUUCCUUUGCUCUGCUGGCAAUGUCUGGAGGAUUUAAAAUAUUGUUAUAUUUUCUAUGAAAAACUUAAAUUAGCCAAUAUACAAUUAAAAAAUCUUUAUCAGGAAUCGUUAAAUCAAUGUAUUGAAGAAGAACAUCUUUUAGAAGUGGUGGAAGAAAAAGAUUUGCCGGAAUUUGAAGCCACUACAGAAGUAAAACCUACAGAAAUGUUAGCUCAGGAUAAACACAUACUUCUCCAAGAAAUAACUCCCAACACUGAAGAAAAUCAACUAAUAACUUUCCACAAAACCAAACGUUCGCAACAUAUUGCUUUAAAUAAAAAUGAUUCCUUUAUUGUAACACAAUUUAUACCCGAAACACUAGAGGCAAAUGAAAGGAAGCUAUCAUCAACCAAAGAAGAUGAGGAAGAGUGUCCUGCCUCUCAAAAUCUAUUAACAGUUAAUUUAAAAGCUGUUGAAGUUAGAGAUGUAAAGAAUUUAGAAAAUCUUGAAACUUCUCAGCAGCCGCAAACAGAUUUUACCGAACCUGCUGUCUAUAUAUGUCAAUAUUGUCCUCAAGCUUUUGCCAAAUCCGACUAUCUUAAAACACACAUACAAAAAUCUCAUGUUUGUAAAUUUUGUACCCAAACAUUUAGCAUAACAGAGGAACUCUUCAAACAUAUACGUGAGAUACAUACCGAACAUAAAUGCGCCAUUUGCCACAAGUUGCUAAGUUCUCAUACAAAUUUGAGACAUCAUAUUAAAAGAGUACAUCGCAUAAAGCUACCCGCCAAAGUGACGUUACUUGAUUUUAUCAAAUCUACAAAUUUGGAAGGAAAUGUGCAGGAAAAUGAGGACGAAUUGGUUUCAAAUGAAAUGGAUUUUGAUACACAAUAUAUUUGGCAGAACGAUGAUUGUAUAGAAUUAGUUAGUGAAAAUAAUAUUAUAGAAAUGAGUUAGAAAUUACAUUUUCAUAAAAUUUUAAAGUGAAUAUUUACUUUAUAAUAAAAUUAAUUUAUUGGACUUAAACCUCUGUUGAUUACUCUAUUUUUUAAGUUAUUUCUAAUAAAUCAAUUACUU